GUGAAGCUCGACCAUUGAUGUCUAGAAAUACCUCUCUCUUGCCCCAACCUUUUUCGAGAGAGUGGUCGCUCCCCAUGGCGGUUGACCCCGCUUUAACCAGAUUAUAAAUCAUCCUAUCAUCUCCCAUCCUCAUUUAGUUUUGUUACAGCUUUAAUUGCAGGAGAGUGCAAGGAAGAAAGGAAGCAGAGACACCAUGACGAUUGGUUCUGGAGGAUCGGGCGUUGUGGUACCUCGAAAUUUCAGAUUGCUGGAAGAACUGGAACGCGGAGAGAAGGGCAUUGGAGAUGGGACUGUUAGCUAUGGGAUGGAUGAUGGAGAUGACAUUUACAUGCGAUCUUGGACGGGUACUAUCAUUGGUCCUCAUAAUUCUGUGCAUGAGGGUCGCAUCUACCAAUUGAAGCUGUUUUGUGACAAGGACUAUCCAGACAAGCCCCCGAGCGUCAGGUUUCAUUCACGAAUUAACAUGACAUGUGUCAACCAUGAGACUGGAGUGGUUGAGCCAAGGAAGUUUGGAAUUCUGGCAAAUUGGCAGCGAGAAUAUACAAUGGAGGAUAUCCUGGUACAGCUAAAGAAAGAGAUGGCGGCUCCGCAUAAUCGCAAAUUGGUUCAACCUCCUGAAGGAACCUUCUUCUAGAGAGGAGCUCUAUUUCUGUGAAAGCCAUGUCAUGCCGUUUCUGUUUGAGAGUCCACGUCUGAGAACACUGAAAUGCUCUGUAGUUUACUUGUGUCUCACAUUCAACGUUACGAGGGGCCGUGCUUCUUGUCAAAAGAACUGCUUGUCUUGCUUUUAUACAUUCAUAGAGAACUAAAAAGUUGGAAAAUGUUGGUUCUUGUUUUUUCC